UAUUUGUUCACCGUGUCCAUUUUCAUCUUGUUUUUUCUUCAGACCCUGAGAGAGAGGAGGAAUGCCACCGAGCAGACAGAAGGAAAGAUGGAGGAAAAGAUGACGGACAAAAAAGAAGAGGAGGAGGAGGAUGAGAGCGGCCCAUACAGCCGCUGCAGCUCUGUAGACCUGGAUAAGGACUUGGUGGACUGGAGGAAGCCCCUGGCGUGGCAGGUGGGCCACCUCGGAGAGAAAUAUGACGCGUGGGUUCACCAGCCAGUCGACCGACCAAUCAGACUGUUUGGAAACCCUUUACUGGAGGCCGGCACCAAGACGUCCUGGUAUUGGGUACCAGUGGUGUGGCUUCCUAUUGUGUUUUAUCUCAGUUGGUACUGCUACACAACCCUGGCACAGGGCACCACACGGAUAGUCCUCACCUCAGACGUCUCUCUCCCAAUCCAUAAGUCCAUUUUCCCGCUGCUCUUUUUGAUGGGCUGGUUCUUGUGGUCAUUCAUCGAGUACUGCAUCCAUCGCUUUGUCUUUCACAUGAAACCGCCGGCCCAUAACUACUACCUCAUCACAUUACACUUCCUCCUGCACGGACAGCACCACAAGUCUCCGUUUGACGGCUCUCGGCUGGUCUUCCCCCCCGGCCUGGCCUCCUUGAUGGUGGGAAGUUUCUAUGUCAUCCUGCAGAACACGCUCCCGGAGAUCCUCGGGACGUCCGUGUUUGUGGGAGGACUCUGCGGCUACGUUGUGUACGACAUGAUCCACUACUACCUUCACUACGGCUCGCCAAAGAGAGGCUCGUACAUGUACAGCCUGAAGGCCUACCACGUCAAACACCACUUCGAACACCAGAGGGCAGGUUUUGGAAUCACUUCCACGUUCUGGGACCACCCCUUCAACACAGUCAUCCCCGAUGAGAAAUUCUAACGCAGACCCGGCACUUGUGAAGGGCCACAGGACUUAUCAACCACCUUCUUUAGUAACCAGCUCACAUGCUAUAAACCACCCUGGCGUUAGUUCAGUCACCGCAGCCACAGCUUCCACAACGGAGGAGGAAGAUCCACGUCUGAAGACUCUCACAACUAAAACAUCCCUGCUCACUGUGACACACGUCAGCCGGCUUUUUAAAUUUCAACACACGAUUUACUUCUGCUUCUCGUCUAGUCCGCGCUACGGAUGUGAGGCCUUUCUGUGCCACACAAUACACACAUAAACAGACACACAAAGCAGCCGCGCACAUCUAUGUCUUUUUUUAAUUGUUUCAGGUUUCGUUUUCAAGGGUUAUCUGGAAACACACACACACACACACACACACACACACACACUCCUGCACUGUCCUGGCUUCCCUCAGAGACGGAGAGAGAGAGAGAGAGAGGGGAAAGGACGUGAUAGAUUGAGGGUGAAUGUGGAGGAAGUAGAGAACAGAGGGGAUGAAGAAGUGACAAAGUGUAUGUGAAGACUGUGAGUGAGAGAGAGAGAGAGAGAGAAGCCCCAAACUUUAUCAACUAACUCAGGAAACAAAUGACAUUUCUUUAUCUUUCUUCCGCUUUAACUGCAGCUUGAAUAUUCCUCGUCUCGUCCUCGGUGUCUGUGAGUGUGAGCGGGCCGCUGCGCUCCUCCGCUUCGCUGCUACACGUUCGUAACAGUCGACAGAACCUCUCCGCUCUACCUUUGCUCUCACAGGUUUUUUUUGUUUUGUUUGCUCGCAGAAAACAUUUGGUUUCAGAUAUCUGGACAUGCCGAAAGUAAAGAUUUAACUUAUUAACUAUCAGCCGAGCUGCAGAAUGGAGGCGAUACCGAGGUGCAUUCAUGUGUCACUGUUAAUGUCGCGUAAAAGCAGAGUUCUACAUGUUUGAAGCCACUGUGGAGAUAUAUUUUUGCAAGUCCGAUGUAAUAUUUCCUCUGUGUUCUUUUCUUUUUUUGUCGUUAACGAUACAACAAAGAUGUAAAACAAGAUAUUUUAUAAGAAGCUUUGUACAGAAGAGGAGAUUCUUUAAUCGCACCAGCUUUAUGUUUUUUAGAGAGGACGGUGAAUGCAUGCCUGCGUGGAUACCGUAUGUGUGUGGAUUUAGUGUUGUCAUGGUGACAGAGGGACGGAGCUGAAGGCAUGAGGCCAGCCUGUCAGACUUCUUGCUUUGGGGAUCUCGGGGUCAAAGGUCACAGGGACAGCGGGGUGACAAAAGUUAAAUUGCUAUUUUUCAAAUGGUGUCUCGGUGGUUGGACGGGUGACGUUAAAGCUCUUUAAACCUUUGGGUCUCGCUCCUUCCAUCUGACGCCCCUGGUGUGUUUGACCCUGCGGAUCUCAGGAGGUUCCGACAGUCGCUGGCGGAUCCUCACGCACGUCUCCUCUCAACACUGAUAACUGAAGCAGAACAAAGUUAUAUCAAACUGUUCCCAUAGAAUAACAGAGGGCAGUGACAAUAUUCUACUAGUGCAGAAAAUAAUUUAUCAACAUUUCUAGUUUGAGAGAAAUAUUUAAUUGAAUAUUAAGUAUGCACAUAUGUUCUUACACAUGUAAAAUAACAUGCGAUAACAUCUGUGUCAAAAAACUGUUUAUGACAGAAGAUGAAAAUUCAAUAUUACAGUUGAGUGAUUUCCAUUUUCUUAAAUUCAGUGCGGCAGUGAUGAAGUCUUCAGGGAACUCGUACGCAGGUUGUGUCAUCACUUUUGUCUUUGGCUUGCAAUGUUGAGCUACAACUGAUUUUUAUCAACAAAGUGUGUCAUGUUUUCUACAACUACACACACACACACACACACGUCGGAUAAUGAAAAACUUUUAAUGAAAUGAUCAUGACACCACGAAGAAAGGAUUUAAUUAACUUUCUACCACAAGGAGGAACCAAACCUCUGCAUGUCUCUAAUGAUGGUGAUAUCAAUGAUGAUGAUGAUGAUGAUGAUGAUGAGUUUAAUAAUACAUAUUGAUCAUGAUGGCUGCUUGGCAGUGAAAGGAUUCCACCUGUUGCAGUAACAC